ACAAACUCUGUUUGGGACGGUGUUCGCUAUUCCAUAAUAAUGUUCGACAACUUUCCAUAAGUGCACGAAGCUCGGGUUCGAGUAAACUGCUUCGUUUGUGUGCAGCUGUCGUAUGAAAUUGCCCAGUCUCUUCUGGACAGUAUCGGUCACAGGGCUGUGGUCGUCGGUGGGCGUUCUGCGUUUUUCUGAUUACGUCCUUUUCUGCUUCUAACGAUGGCAGGACCAACUGGUUUGCGUUUCGUACUUCACGAAGUCAGGCAAUUCGUGCCGCCAUGGGUUCCUUUGGGCAUCAUUGGAAUCCCUGUUUUUGCCAACAUGUACGGGAUGAUCAAGUUCAAGCACCUGAGCUUCUUUAACAACAAGCCGAAUGAGAAUGCCUCGAAGUUUGGAGGAGACGCUGGCAGCGAAGGACAUUAGGAGAUAUUUCAUCGUCAGACAUCCGUUGGGAAAAGACGUGAAGCAAUGUGUAACCCCGGUUUCUUUUUCGUGGGUAUUCACGGUGAACCGCGGAAGCUGACAGGUGUGGCGUGUGGCGCUGACUUGUGUGGAGGGUAUGUAUUCCUGUGUUGCCUGUGCGAGCUGGUGAGGGACAGUUUUCUUUGCAGAGUUUCGGGGAAGGUUUCACACUACAGAUGUGUGAAGUAGACGCUGGUGCAAAUGCCGUGCGAUGACUCUCCCAUGGCUGGUCUGUAACCGGUUUCAGAAACGCUAGGUUCCUGCCAGACAAUGAGCGUUAAGUUGCCAGUGUAACCAGUUGACAACUCUACAAAUUCUCCCAAUCGGGAGGUGUGGCAAAGUUAUGUGUAACAUCGACAGAAACAUCGUCGACGCGUGGCCUAACGUGUAACACUUCUGCUCCGACAUCCUGAUAGUGGUAACCAAUUCCUUCGGCGCGAAGCUUAGCCACCUGUUUUUGCUCGGCAUGGUAGGUGGUCUUCCCUAGCAUAUCAGAGCAACACAUAUCUUUCAUGCCCAUGCUGAAUACUGACGGGAAUACGACAAAAAAACCGAUGCCCGUGAAUUCAUGUGAACAGAUGACGCCGCCAAUGUUUAUGGUCACCAGGCAAGUUCGUGUAGAAAGGUGAACCUGA